GUGUAGCGACGCUCGCAUGUGACCAUGUGCUGAGUAAUUUCCUAUACCAACGAAAGCAGACGAAAGAAGAUGCCAAGUCGGUUUAUGCUUCACAUUUAUUUAUUUAUUAUGUGCAGGCUCUGACAAUUUCUGAAACUGAUUAUCAAACUAAGAGACGCGGUCGUCAUGAUUUUUUCAUCUAUUUUAAUCAUCGGCUGAAUUCCGAGCGAAGCAGUUGAUUUUAUCGGAAUUUUUCAGUAAUUGGUUUUGUAGACUGGUGCGUUACCGAGACUAAACUUGUGAUUACCUGACAAUAUAUUGAGGGUAACUUUGCUUCAAAGCAGCUUUCGUAGGCCAAUUAUAACAAGGGAAUCAAAUUUCUCAUAUGUGGGAUAGCCGAGGCCAUAACUUUUGUAAUGAAAAAGAACCAAGAUCCAGGUCGCCAAAGCUGGGGUGCGUCAUUCUUUUCACAGACUUCAGAAGAUGUUGCAAGAGCUGUUGUUGCAGCUGCAGCGACUGUCCGUCCUCGUCCUUCUGUAGUGUAUUCAGCCAAAAAUCAGAAUAAUAACGACCAAUUUCAGAAAUUACGUCGACAGGUCUCUAAAAUUUGGAAGGGCUGUCCUUUUCCGGAUGGGAAAAAGUCAACCUAUAAUCCAGAGGUUCUUACCAGCCAGAAGCGACAGUGGACCAGACUUCAGUUGCAAGCUUUGGAGCGAAAGCACCAGAAAGAGCCAACAUUAUUGUUUGAAAAUAUAGUAGUUGUUGGACUUCAUCCAAAUACAGACAUCCAAGCAACUGAAGUAUCACUAACAAGGAAAAAAUCAUUUGAGGAUGCAGAAGGCUCAGAGAUACUAAAAGAUGGUUUCAAGUAUCAUCAUCGAGGUCUUGGCCAACAGAAUCUUGAGCCACAGGUUCUGUUUGCAUAUCCUCCAAAGAAGCGAUUGCCAUUGAAGUAUAAGGACCUCCUUUCAUUUUGCUUUCCAAGUGGGCUGGAGGCUCGUCUUGUGGAGCGAACUCCUUCAAUGAGCGAAUUAAAUGAAAUAUUACUCGGGCAGGAGCAGCUCAAGCGAAAUGAUUUAUCAUUUGUAUUUCGUUUAAAGGUAGCUGACAAUGCGACUCUAUAUGGAUGCUGCAUGGUUGUAGAGGAAGUUGUGCAAAAACCACCAGGUCUAAUGGCAAUGAAUGCUGAUGUAUCUGUGUUUCACUCACCAUUAAGCCGGUUUUUUGUGUCUGCACCUCGUUGUUAUUGCAUUCUUUCCAAGAUGCCAUUUUUCAAUUUGCAUUUUGCAAUUUUGAAAAGUAUCUUCUCUCAGGAAAGGUUAGAACGGAUAACAGAGAGUAUCAGUGAGUUGAGUUUUACAUCAGAAGCCAAUCACAAAGAAGAAAUACAUGAAUCUAAUGAUGGAUUUGGUCAAGAAGACCAUAUUGAAGAACCAGUCAUGCCUGAAGGGAAGGUGGCAACUCAGGAACAGGUCAAAAGGACCAAGGCCAUUGCAAAUGUGGGAUCUGAUUAUGAUGAAAAUUCUGGUUGUGUUGGAAGUGAAAAUACAGUUCCUAUAUAUCCAAAUGAAUCAAAGGAGACUGAACAGGAAAAUUUUGGAAAUCAGGUUUUACAGCUCAAGACCAAACCAGACGAGUCUGAGCAAAUUUGCAGUGAAGAGAAACAAGAUCCUCAGGAAGAAAUCUUAGGCCAAGGCAGUGUAAAUAAUGAUGCAGCUACCAAGAUUAUUGUCAAUAGAAAUGUUCGGCAUGGAUGCCACGAGAUUCAAGGUUCAUCUAGUAGUAUUCAGAUAUGUACAAAUAUUAGUUAUGAGGAGCAUUUUAGAAGCUUGAGUUUGGAUGAUGAAGAGGAUGAACAUGAGGCUUGUUCUUCAGGGAAAGCAGAAACUAAUGCUUCUGAUAGAAUUCUAUCUUGGGCAAAGGCAAAUAAUCAUCAUUCUUUGCGGAUUGUUUGUGAAUACUAUCAGCUACCACUUCCUACCCGAGGUUCAUCACUUGUUUUCCAACCAUUGGAACAUUUAGAGCCUUUGAAAUUUCAUAGGUUUGGUGAUGCAGAGUUGAAACCUGCUGGAAGUUUUAUAAAUUUAAGAUAUUGCAGAACUAGCUUGGAGCUUGCCGAGGCUCAGGCCACACUUUUUGCAGAAGAGGAGGCUCAAGCUCUAUCUGUUUGGACAGUAGCAACAAUUUGUGGUGUCCUUCCGCUUGAAAGUGUCCUGGCUAUCUUUUCGGCAGCAUUGUUGGAGAAACAAAUAAUUGUUGUCUGUUCAAACUUGGGUGUGCUUUCAGCAGUGGUCAUGUCAGUGAUACCUUUGAUUCGACCCUUCCAGUGGCAAAGUCUUCUGCUGCCGAUUCUGCCAAAUAGUAUGCUUGAAUUCUUGGAUGCUCCUGUGCCUUACAUAGCUGGUGUGAAGAACAGAUCUCCAGAAGUACGAUCCAAGAUACCGAAUGUUAUUUUGGUCGAUGUAAACAGAAAUCAGGUGAAGACACCCUCGAUACCACAACUGCCCCAGCAACGAGAGUUAUUGUCGGCAUUGGUUCCUUAUCAUGAAAGGCUUGUUUCUGAAAGUUAUCUAGCAAAUAAAAGGCCUGUUCAUGAGUACACAAAUGAACAGGCUCAGGCAGCAGAAGGCUUUCUAGCAGUCGUGAGAAGCUACUUAGAGUCUUUGUGCAGUAAUUUACGUGCUCAUACCAUCACAAAUGUACAGUCCAAUGAUGACAAGGUUUCUUUACUUUUAAAGGAAAGCUUUAUCGAUUCAUUUUCAAAUAGGGACAGGCCUUUUAUGAAGCUCUUUGUGGAUACACAGCUAUUUUCAGUGCAUACAGAUGCAGUCCUUACGUUUUAUCAGAAAGAAUAACGUCUUGCUAUUGUGGGAUUUGUACAAUAGUUAUAAACACCAUCUGAUAGUUGUAUUAAUUUUAAUCAUAUGGUGGAUAAUAUGACUGAUUUUGCAGAAAGAAAAUUAGCUUUGUCUAACAGGCAGCUGGACAAGUAAGAAAUAAUACAAGUAAUGAUUCGCUUUGUAAUUGCCCGUGGUAAAAGUGUAUUAUCAUGCAAAUACAAUUUCUUAUUUAUUUGUAGAAUAGUCUCCUGCAUAAACUUUUUUAUUCAAUUAAAGAGUAUAAAUGGAAAAAUUGGCACCUUUUAAUUA